CUUUAAUAUCGCAGACGUAUAUGACCAAAAUUUACAAAACCUACCAAUGAACAAACUCUCACUUCAUUCUAAAACAAAGAAAAGAGAGAUGAACGGCCAAGGAAAGGUAGUCUGCGUCACCGGAGCUUCCGGCUACAUAGCGUCUUGGAUUGUGAAGCUUUUGCUCCUCCGUGGCUACACCGUCAAGGGCACUGUUCGAGACCCAACGGACCCAAAGCAAACAGAACAUCUUCUUGCACUUGACGGUGCAAAAGAAAGUCUCAAAUUGUUCCAAGCAGAUCUUUUGGAAGAAUGUUCCUUCGAUCAAGCUAUCGAAGGUUGUGACGCUGUCUUCCAUACCGCAUCUCCGGUUAAAUUCACCGUCACGGAUCCUCAGACUGAGUUGAUAGAUCCAGCCCUAAAGGGUACUAUCAACGUCCUUAAUGCAUGCAAAAACGCUGACUCUGUCAAAAGGGUCAUUGUAACAUCUUCCACUGCUGCGGUUCUUGUUCGAGAACCCCCUUUGGGGCCAAACGACGUCGUAGACGAGACCUUCUUUUCUGAUCCAACUACUUGCAUGGAGACAAAGUUCUGGUAUCCACUCUCAAAGACUUUGGCUGAGAAUGCAGCAUGGAAAUUUGCCAAAGGCAACGGAAUCGACAUGGUUGCGGUGAAUCCAGGAUUUACAAUCGGACCACUAUUGCAACCAAUUCUUAAUUUUUCGGUGGAGAUUAUUGUGGAUAUCUUAAAUGGUAAGAACCCUUUCAAUAGUAGAUACUACAGGUUCGUGGACGUGAGAGAUGUUGCUUUGGCUCAUAUUAAAGCGUUGGAGACUCCUUCGGCGAAUGGCAGAUACAUCAUCGAUGGUCCAAGUAUGACGAUUGACGACAUUAAAGAGAUUUUGCGUGAGUUAUUUCCAGAUUUGUGUCUUGCUGAUAUGAAUGGAGAUAGCGAGAUGAAUGAAAUGAAUUACAAAGUGUGUGUGGAGAAAGUGAAGAAUUUGGGAGUUGAGUUCACUCCACUUAAAUCAAGCCUUAGAGACACUGUUAUUAGCCUCCAGGAAAAAUGUCUUAUAUGAUCAUAAUAAUGUAUUUUGAGAUUUUCUUUUGUCUGUCGUCUAAUGUAUUGAGACUCUUUAAAUAAUAUGGAUGUCCAAGGUUAUUUUAGCGGAUGCAAUUUAAUAUAUAUGAAUCAUA